GUCAGGUGGCGCUGUCGCUGUGGAAAGAUGCGAUCAGCGAAGAGCGGAGGCUUUUCCUUAAUUGCUCAUUUCGGUAACAGAGCCUCAACAACGCGAAACCAACCCUCUGUGGUCGCUCCUGUUUAAGAGACAAGCUCCGCAUACCCACCACAGCGUGUACCCAAGAAAUGUCCAUGUUAUAAGCAGACAACGCAGACAUUACCCGGCGGUUUUGGCUCGAGAUCCCCAGUAUGUCCAAGCGGCGCUCGUCUGACAGGGGGGCUGGAGAGGCAUCAGGCAGGGCCAGCAAGCUACAAUGUCCUGGGAUAUCUGGCAAUAACGCCAAGAGAGCUGGGCCCUUCAUACUUGGGCCUCGCCUGGGCAACUCACCAGUGCCCAGCAUAGUGCAAUGUCUGGCCAGAAAGGACGGCACUGACGACUUCUAUCAGCUCAAAAUCCUGACGCUGGAGGAGCGGGUGGACUCUGCAGGGGAGACUCAGGAAGAGAGACAGGGGAAGAUGCUGCUGCACACGGAGUACUCCCUGCUUUCUCUCCUGCACAACCAGGAUGGGGUGGUCCACCACCACGGCCUAUUCCAGGAUCGCGCCUAUGAAAUAGUGGAGGAUAUGGAGGCCAACAAGGUGCGCAAGAUGAAGAAGCGGAUCUGCCUCGUGCUGGACUGCUUGUGUGCUCAUGACUUCAGCGACAAGACAGCAGAUCUAAUAAACCUCCAGCAUUAUGUCAUAAAGGAGAAGCGACUGAGCGAGCGUGAGGCCAUCGUAAUCUUCUACGAUGUGGUGCGUGUAGUGGAGGCCCUACAUAAGAAAAACAUUGUGCACAGAGACCUCAAGCUGGGAAACAUGGUGCUGAACAAACGGACUCACCGAAUCACCAUCACCAACUUCUGCCUGGGAAAGCACCUGGUGAGUGAGGACGACCUGCUGAAAGACCAGAGAGGAAGUCCGGCCUACAUCAGUCCUGAUGUAUUAAGUGGUCGGCCGUACCGUGGUAAACCCAGUGACAUGUGGGCUCUUGGUGUGGUCCUGUUCACCAUGCUGUAUGGCCAGUUCCCCUUCUAUGACAGCAUACCUCAAGAGCUCUUCCGUAAGAUCAAGGCUGCAGAAUACUCCAUCCCAGAGGAUGGCCGUGUGUCUGAGAACACAGUGUGCCUGAUCCGAAAGCUGCUGGUGCUGGACCCUCAGCAGAGGCUUACGGCAGGAGAGGUGCUGGAGUCUCUCAGUGCAAUCAUUGCUUCAUGGCAGUCUGUAUCAUCGUUGAGUGGCCCUCUGCAGGUGGUGCCAGAUAUUGAUGAUCAGGUCCAUCACCCAGAACAUCUGCAAGAGGCCAAGGUGAUAGAAGAGUCAUCACAGUACGAGUUUGAGAACUACAUGCGCCAGCAGCUGCUGUUGGCUGAAGAGAAGAACACUAUCCAUGAGGCCAAGAGCUUUCUCACCAAGCGCCAGUUUGGUAGCAUCCCACCUGUAAGGCGUCUGGGCCACGACGCCCAGCCUGUCAGCCCCCUAGAUGCUGCCAUCCUGGCACAACGUUUCCUCCGGAAGUAGUCCCCAACCAGCCAUCUCUGCCUCUCUGACCUCCCCAGGGAGUACAGAGACCUGGGGAAUCCAGAGAGGACUGAGAAGAAUUAGUCCCCAAACUGAACUCGCAAACAGGAGGCCCAGUCAGAACCAGGGUACAGAUGGCCCCAUUUGCAGGUGGGCUUUGGGCAAGCUAGGUGGAGCAGGCAUGAGGAGGGCACCAGAACAAAAGACCAAAUUAGACUUCAGUCCUCAUGUCUGGAUCCUCCAGUGAAACGCAGAAAGCCCUGGAGGAAGAUCUGAACCAAAGGUUCCUUGCCCUCAGGUCACCCACAGUCAGAUCUCACUGUGCAACCAACCUGAGGCACAGUCACAAGGGUGUGGCUAACACAAGGCUCUGCCUGGAGUGUUGAAGAGACAAUUAACCCCAUAUUCCUCCUCCUUUGAAAUCUCCUUACUGUAACACUUUCCCCAUCAACUCUGGAUCCCCUGAGCAAUACAGGACCAGAAUCAUGUAGCAACCCCUUCUUUUCCUAGUGGUUAAUGGUGUUGCCUCAAGUCAGAUCACCUGAUCAAAGAUGUCACUUCUCGAUGCCCCCAUUCCACCCUCCUCCUCCUCUGUACUGUUUUUCCUGAAUCAAAAAUGAUCCAGACUAGUCCUGUCUAUAACGCUGACUUCAAAUCAAUCUACCUCUCUGUCUCUCUUCUCUGUUGGUAAACCAUGCUCACUGUUCUGAGACAAGGGAUUGUAACAAUGGAGUCUUGAUGCCACCAGUGACAUAAAGCAUUAAUGUUUUCUGUCAGUGAUAAUGCUUUGAAACCUUUUCAGUGGUUUCAAAAAAAUCUGAAUAAGCUUUUUCUCAUUUACCUAAAUAAGUAGCAUUUUAUCCCUACCUUUGAAUUGAAGAUACUGAAUAUCAAAGUAUGUCUACAUGCAUCCUUUGAUAUUUGCAGAAUUCAUUGUCUCUAUCUUUUACUCAUCCCUGUGGAUAUAUAUAUAUAUAUUAUUAUUUUUUUUUUUUUGCAUCUAGGCAGCUAGUGCGAGGUACCUGGAAGUCACAAUGCCAAGACCUGAAUGGGGGAAAAACUGUUGGAUCCUCCCUGCCAAGGCAUAUUAAUGGUAAUGCUUCCUCAGUGCCAUGAUGGUGAAGAUCAGGCACUGUCAUGUUUCUAUUGCCAAAAAUCAUGUCUUAAAAUUACUCUUAGCCAAGGAAACUGGUACCCACAGCCUCAUUCAGAAUCAAAGGGCUUCCAGGUAUUCCAACUUUCCUGUUUCUUUUUAGAUCAGAUGACUGAUCAGAUCACAGGACAAGUGUUUUUCAGUGUGAAUGUGAACUGUCAUUCUACGCUUUGAUACUUCUGCAGUGUCCAUGAGAGAGUGUGUGUGUGUGUGUGUGUGUUUCAGGCCAGGCAAAAUAAGAGCCUGCAGAACUGUCGAGCUGUUAACCUCUGACAGUUGCAGGCCCUUUAAGCUAUCCUCCAAUCAUUGUUCUGUUAUCUGGCCUGCCUCAGUGGCAGACACUGUGAAAACCAGAGCAGGCUUUGCUAAGACGGGACUUGACUGAAUGGUUUUGUGAUUGCCAUGAAUGCUUUCUUAAGAUUGGAAAAUAUCACACACCUAUUGCCAUUCUCAAGCCCUCUCUCUAGCUAAACUUAUACACGCUUGUAGUAUUUCACCAUGGAGGCUCUCUAUAUAGAGGGGAUAGCUGGGGUCUAGUAAUUGAUACUGUAAUAUUUCAUAGAUAAAUGGAAAAUACAGACUCAUAGGUUUCAA